UUUGAUAAGUGUGUGUUAUCUAACUGAUUCAUUCUCUUGGAAAAGGCACAUUUGCGCAUACGGGCGAUAAUAUUUCGAAAAAUGGCCAUUUAAACGCGCGUAAUUGCGGGAGAAAAAUUUGUGUUUCGGUCAUGGAAACGUCAAGUGGGCCUCCGAAAGACCACAGUGUCUUGAUUUAUGUCUUGUUUUAUUCGUUUGGGGUUGUGACAGUAGUACCAGGGAAUUUUUUCACAACGGCCACAGAUUAUUGGAUGUACAAAUUCCGAGAUCCUGCCAGCAAUAUCAGUUACAACAGCGAUAACAGGACCGGACUCCAGGCACAAUUCACGUCCGAUUAUACGAUAUGUUCAAACGUGAGCAACGUUUUAUUCAUAAUUCUCACAAUCCGGGUCUUGCGAAAAUACCUCAACUUGCUGACCAGGGUUCUGGGGGCCCUCGCGGGGCUCAUUUCGAUGUUCGUCCUGACCUGCAUUUUCGUCCGCAUUGACACCGACCCGUGGCAGCGGGAUUUUUUCGUCUUGACUCUGAUCACUGGAUGUUGCCUCAGCGCCUUUUCAGGGGUUUUUAUGGUUUCGGUGUUCGAAUUAGCGGGGAAGUUUCCCUCCAAGGACUUAGCCCCCUUGUUUUCGGGGCAAGCCAUCUGCGGGAUUUUGGCCGCUUUGGUGCAGAUUUUCGCACUGGGGGUUGGUGGGGGGCCCGCGACCACGGGGCUCAUUUAUUUCCUCAUUGGGAUGUUUUUCGUUUUUUUGCCACUGGUGGGUUUCGUCGGACUUUGGCGCAGGUCUGAAUAUUUUGGUUUCCAUCUAAUGAAGCAAUUGGAGGAGAAAAAAACCAAUCUAAAGUUUGAUAAAGAAGUUAUUAAGUCUGCGAUCAGGAAAGUUAGACUGUAUAUGGGGUCCAUGGUACUGGUGUUGGGCUGUACCAUCAUGUUACAUCCGGGGGUCACGUCCCUGGUUGUUUCAGUAGAUAAGGGAAAUGGGACACCAUGGAGCGACACGUUUUUUGGUCCUGUUGUUAAUUUCCUCUUCUAUUAUCUCUUUGAUUACGUGGGCCGUGAAGUUGCAAUGUACUUCAAGAAGCCUUCUGAUGGACUCACACUCCUGCUUUUGAGCCUGCUCAGAAUCCCUCUUAUUCCAAUGAUACUUUUUUGCAAUGCUCAGCCCAGAGACCACCUCCCUGUUGCGUUCAAUUCGGACGCUCUUUAUGCAAUUUUAAUCCUAGUUUUUGCGUUCAGUAACGGAUUUUUGAUCAAUUUGGCCAUAAUUACGGUCCCGAAGGCCGUAGAUGAAGAGGAGAGGCCGUUUGCUAUGCUUGCGGUUCUGCUCCUUAUGGUUCUCUCUUUGGCUAUUUGUGCCGGCACCAGUGCAGCCUUAGUUAAGGCCUUGUAAAUUAUUGAGGAGAUAUCAGUCCAGAUCUGCGAUAGUAAUUGUGGCAAUGUCAUCGUUUGUUAUGAAAAAUUUAUAAAUAAAUAUUCUCGGAUGAGGAUCUGAUUAGAUAAAUCAGAUACUUGUCGAAAUAAAAAAAUUCUUGUGACUAUU